AUGAUAAGGGACAACCAGCCGUCUUCUCUAAGCAAGGAAAUUGUCACAGACAGUGAUGCUGAAAUCGAAUCAAAUCCAUCUUUCGAAGACCGAGAUGCAAGCAGGAUGAACAAUAAGUCAUCGAAGUCAUUAUCUUCACCGUUGACUGAGAUCCAAAAAUCAAAAUCAAUAAAACUAGUCACAGACAAGAGUAAGAAAAGGCCUCGUAGUCGACCAACCAUGACGGUAUCUAAAAGAUUAAAAACAGCGUUUCCUCAUCCGCUGACAGCUACUGGUAGGCGAGCGAUCAACGGAGCCCUUACCGAAGCUGGACCGUCAAAGACAUCCACAACCGGUUCCAAGGGAUCUUCAAUACGACUAACGAACAACACUGGUACCAAUGCUAAAGACAAGUUCCACGAAGCAGAAAGAAUAAUACCAAGCGAUAUUGAUCCAUCGAAAACCACUCCACUUGAAAUUGAUAUCCGACGAUUCGACAGAGCAAAGACUGCGGCAGAGGCUGCGCUGGCCCUAUUGGUGGAUGACCCAAGAGUCUCAGAGUCUGCAGACGCAGAAGUGUCAGACGUCCCUCAUAUGCCAGAUUGCAGUAGAACGCCACGAAUUAGGAAAAUACGACUUGGUGAAUGGGAGAUUGAUACUUGGUAUGCAGCGCCUUAUCCUGAAGAAUAUAGUAUUCUCCAGACAUUACACAUUUGCGAGUACUGUUUGAAAUACAUGAAAACGGAAUAUGUUGCUAGAAGACAUAAAGUUUGUAAUACUCUUAUUAAUAUUGACAAAACGUCUUCAAUGAACAAGCGAGACGAAAUAUAUCGAGAUGGACCAAUAUCAAUUUUCGAAGUGGAUGGGCGGAAAAAUAAGAUAUAUUGUCAAAACCUAUGCUUGAUAGCCAAGAUGUUUCUUGACCACAAGACUCUAUACUAUGACGUUGAACCUUUUCUUUUUUAUGUAAUGACUGAGGCAGAUCAAUCAGGGUGUCAUCUAGUGGGAUAUUUUUCAAAGGAGAAACGAUCUAACUCCAACUACAAUUUAUCAUGUAUUCUUACUCUUCCGGUCCAUCAACGGAAAGGCUAUGGUAACUUACUCAUUGAUUUCAGUUAUCUGUUGACGAAAAAAGAGAAUACAGUAGGAACACCGGAAAAACCAUUAUCAGAUCUUGGUUUACUCAGCUAUCGAAGUUAUUGGCGCAACGUUCUUUUUCAUGCACUCAGAAAUGUUACUGGAUCAAUCAGCAUAUCGAAACUUAGCCAAGAAUCAGCAAUGACUCUCGAUGACGUUAUAUCAACACUUGAAAUUAACGACAUCUUGGUUAAAGACAAGGAACUGGGGACUUACGUAAUGGUGGUAGAUCGUGAGCUUAUUGAAGCACAUUGUCAAGCAGUUGCUGCGAGAGGCUAUCUCACUCUCAAACCAGAGAAACUCAAAUGGACUCCGUUUAUACUAGGCAGAAACCCGGGCAUUUUAACCUUUAAUGAAUCAGUGUACAGUCAAAGUUCUUUAGAUUUAUGA